AUGAGCGAAGAUAAUCAAGCUGAUGAUCUAAAAGAAUUUGAUCGCAAACAGAAAGAGAAGCAAGGAGAAGUUUCUGAAGCAGUUUUUGAAGAGAUCAUCGAAGAAGAAAUAGAAGAAGACGAGGAAGACGACGUUUUCGAAGACGAUUUUGAAGACAUGGAAGAGUCAGAUCAAGUCAAGAGCCCUCAAGAAGAGAUGGAGGAGCUCACUCACUUUCCCGACUUGGAAGACAACGGGGACCGUUUUGUCCAAUUCGCAGAAGACACAAAAGCUCCCGAGGAAGAACCAGAGAUUGUCAAUCUUGCAGAAAUCGCUCCCGAACCAAAAGAGCCGACUCCAGAGCCGAAAGAACCAACCCCGGAGCCUGAAGAAGAGGAGGAAGAAAUCGAAGUUGUCGUGCCGGAUAUGAGUGACCAAGAUGUCCUGUCAAAGAACCUAAGUGGAAGGCUCUUCAAUUAUUUCGACUCCUUUGGUUACGACAGUGCUAAACGGCUCAAUCUUCAUUUAUUCCCGAGCGAUGAGGAGACACACAGUGGACAGGUUCUUCUUCAUUCUGCCGGAAACUUGCUCUUAUUUCACAACGUACAGACAGACGAAAAGACGGUUCUUCGUUCGCCGGCUGGAUCAAUAGGUUCGGUCUGCAUCCACCCAUCAAAGAAAUUCUUCGCUGUGGGAGGCAAAGGAGACAAGCCCGAAAUCCUAAUCUACUCCUACCCUGAAAUGGAAGUCGUCUAUGUCCUCCGUGGCGGUGCUGAAAAAGGCUUCUCCCACGUUGAAUUCAACCAUGAUGGCUCUCUCCUUGCUUCCGUCAGUUCAACGCCCGACUAUCUCCUCACUCUUUGGAACUGGAAGACCCAGAGUAUCGUUCUUCGCUCAAAAGCCUACUCUCUCGACGUCUUCCAAGCUUCCUUCAGCCCCGACAUCGAUGGACAACUCACGUCGUGCGGCAUCGGUCACAUUCGAUUCUGGAACAUGGCCGAGACCUUUACUGGUUUGAAACUUCAGGGCGCUUUGGGGCGAUUCGGACGAACAUCCGUUUCGGACAUUGACGCCUUCGUCCAGCUCCCGGACGGAAAAGUUAUUUCCGGCUGCGAGUGGGGCAACUUGCUCGUCUGGGACGGCGGAUUAAUCAAAGUCGAAAUCACCAGAAAGGGCGGAAAGAGCUGCCACGAUGGUUCGAUCAAGCAAAUGUUCAUCCUCGAAGGCGAACUGCUCACCAUCGGAGUCGACGGCGCCAUCUGCGUCUGGGACAUUGACACGAUCGACCAAGCCGACACUACCGAGACAUCAAUGACGUUCGAGCUCGAUCCGAUGAACUGCCUGAAAGUGCCCGACGCUGCCUUUUCCUCGAUGAUCAUGUCUUCCGAAGACGAUUCAGUCUGGUUCGCGCAAGAUCAAAAUGGCGCAAUUUGGGAACUCGACCUUUCUUUCAGCCACACAACUAAGCCGCCAAAGAUUCUGGAUCAAUUCCACGGUGGAAAUGUCGUCGACAUGUGCGCGCACCCUACAGCUUGCAUUUACGUAUCCACUGGCGAUCGACAAGUCCGGAUCAUCGACAUUCCCUCUUCUUCCGCUCUCGCCGCGAUGAAAUUCCCGGUCAAGGGUACGUCAGUCUGCUGGCCAAAUGACACCACCAUCGUUGUCGGCUUCGAAGAUGGCACAGUUCGAAACCUCUCUUAUGGUAAAAUGAAGUCGAAUCACUCCCUGCUCCUGCGCCAGGCGAUCCGACCGCAUGGAAAAACCGUGAAUUCAAUUCACUCAAGCCCUAAUGGCAAGCUUAUUGGAUCAUCUUCUGACGAUGGAACUGUAUUCAUCUUCAGUUUGAAGGACAACACCAUGGAAGCUGUCGGUUUCGUUUCCCUCGGAUCAAUGAUCAAGGAUUUUACCUGGGUUAAUGACUCAGUCCUUCUCUGCUGGAGCAAGACUGGCGCGAUUUUCCAAGUGACCUUGCCGGAAAUCAGCUCGAUCGACACUUCUGUUUCCUUCUCCAUUUCCAACGUCAACAUCGUCGGCUAUCAAUUCCAGAGCUGUAAGGGCAAGCGAGCGCGAGCAAGAGCAAAAGCAAAGUUCGACGACAAACUUGCCAAGCUCAAGAAAUCCUGCGACGAAAAACUCAAGGCCGCGCAGAAGAAAGCUGCGGAUAUGGGCGACCAGGUGAAAGAUGAUGAGAUCAAGAACAUCUACGAGCCGGUAAAUUCGAUGGAAUUUGAAGAGCUCGAAGAAUAUUUCUUCGUCCCAGAAACAGUCGGAGAAGUUAUUUGGGCUAAACCAGCGGAUGAAGAAGGCUAUGUUCUGUGCCAAAUGGCCGGCUACGAUCAUGGCUUAGUUUACAAAUGUAAACUCAGUGAAUUUGAAGAAAUGCCGGAGCCUGUCGAUCCCGAAGACGCAUUCAUGCUCGAUGAGGAUUUCCACGUGACAUCUUGGUCGGAAGGCAAAAACCGCAUCUACGCCGGUUCCUUGGACGGCAAAGUACGAAUUUAUCAAACAGAAAAGGAGCACUACUCUGAAGCCGAUUUGGAAAACGGUUUCGAGAGCCAUCACACAAUCGCAAUGCACGACUGUCAGCUUGGAAGUCUUUCAAAAAUUAUUCUCACCUCUGACCAGAAAUGGAUGAUCUCAGCAGGACUCGACGGCAAUGUCUUUGCCUACGGAGUGACUCCCGUUGACGAAAUUGAACUGCGCCCUCCAGUGGAAAUCGCUCUCGACGAUCUUCCAGUUGGAGAUGAAGUCAAAGGAAGUUACUCACUAGAAGAAGCAAAACAGAAAUCAGAAUACGACCGUCGAGUCAAAGAAGCAAACCUGCUCAAGAUCAAAAAGAGAAAGCAAAUUGAAAGCCUAAUUGAAAAAUUCGACAAGCUAAAGGAUAAAAAUGCGCAAUUGCCCGAAGCAUGUCAGCUGCUAAAGAAAGACUUCGAAAUCAAUCAAAAGCUCACUGCGGAAGCCGAACAAGCUCUGGCAGACAAGCUGGACCUGAUUCAACGCCAGAAUCAGUGGGAUUUGGCGAAGGCGAAAUUGCGAUACGAAAAGGUCUUCAAACGAUUCAGAGGAGACAUAAUGGAAGAUCCAAUCACGCUUCAUGCUAUUCAAUCGUCAGAUUCAGUCAAAUCCUACGAGCUGCGAUCUCUUCCUGAAGAAUUGAAAGAAGCGCUAGAACGAUCAGUAACAGCAGAGAAAAACGUUCGGGAAAACAGCUCUCGCGGCAAUUCCAGGGGCGGUGGUCGUGGAAACAUAGAAGAGACUCAAUCAAUGUCUUCUGCAAAAAUUUCGGAAACGGCGAUCGACGAGUUGCCAGCUGAUGCGUCUCGUGCUCAGCGAAAAGCGGAAGAAAAGAAAGCAAGAAAAGAAAAGCGAAAGCGCGAGUGGGAAGAGCUGAUGAAGCAAAAACCCGACGAUAAUCGAAUCAAUCCCAAAGAUGAGGAAGAGAUUCGUAUCGCGAAGAAGACUUUGGGCUACUUCCACCUGAAAACGUCGAAAGACUACAUCGUCCCCGACCAUUUGCGCAGCAAUACGAAUCAGAAAAAGCGACAGAUCGCCCUCCUUUCCCAAGAAAUCUUUAGACGCAAAGAAACAUUCAACAAAAAGGUCCGCGCUGGUCGAGAUGAAAAAAUCGCAAUUCGAAAGGAUCUGCUCAAAUUGUGCGAAAAAGUGAAAGAACUCGAAGCGAUUCUGCCAGAAGAAGAGCACAAAAUUCCACCAGCGAUUCCAGAAAUAAGGCCGGAAGAAACGAACGAGCACAAAUUUCAGCUACCAAAUCGUGCUUCUGCCAAUAAAUUUUCGAGCCCAAGCGACACUGGUCUCGGGCGAGCGCGCUCAGCUCAAGCUCUAGCUCAAUCAAUCGGAGUCUCUUCGAAAACUCAGCUUAUUGAUCGCUCCGGCCGAGGAUCCGGCGAAGCAAAAGCUCUCACGGAGUUUGAACAAGCAGAACUCACGAGAAAGAUCGUCAUCAGUCGAUUUGAACGCGACCAGGCUCUAGAAAAAGCAGCAAAGCGAAUUUCAAACUUUGACAAGGAUGUCCGAACGCUCUACGUGUUCAAAGCUCGUCUUGACGAGGAUCUGGUCCUGGCUGAGCUCCGAUUAGACACUCUUCAUCAAGAGCUGAUCCUCCUCAAGGACUUUGAAAAGCGAGAAAAUGCCAUCCUCGAGCGAGUAGAAAAGAAAGAAGCAGAAAUCGACGAGGCCUCGGCCCGCGCUUCUCAAGUCAAAGCUCGCCUUGAUUCGAAGCGGAAAGAGGUUGAAAAACUCGCUGCGAAGGAAAAGGACUGCCUUUCGGAUUUCCAGCGACUGAUCGGCGAAAACAACAAGUUCGAAAACUACUUGACAAAAGUUUACAAAAAGAAAAUCAAGCGUGCGACCCAGAGCAACAACGACGGCUCUGGAAGCGACUCGGACUCUGAUUCGGACGACGAUGACGAGGACUACUCCGACGAGGACUCUGACGCGGAACCUUUCGAUGACACCGUCUGCCCGGCAAACUGCGAUCAGGAGCAGUUUGACAAGACGAUUCUCCUCCGAGCACAUCGAUGCGCGAUUGAAGAUGAUCAUCAAGACGCGAAAAAAGCUUCAGAGAGUUUGCGAAAAGAACACGACGCCCUGUCCAAGAAAAUCAAGCUUUUCAACAACCAGCUAAAGUCGUCCAUGGAAGAUUUAGACGCUUUCCAACAGGAAAAGCAAGGAAAACUCAACGAAUUGUGGGUCGUAGUGCCGCUGGAAAUGUCCCAGAUUUUGAUAGAACAAGACUUUGAAAAGUUCCCUGUGAAACAAGGACUCGUGGUUCCGUCCGAAAAAAUGAACCGGUUGUCAACCCGAAUUGAAGAACUUAUGGGCGAGAAAGAAAACGAAAAGCUCAAGUACCGAAAAGCGAAGCAACAACACGUCCAUUUGGUCAAGGGAAACAAGGACAUCGUCAAUCAGGUCAAAGCUCUGGACGAAAAGUGCAAUCAAGCGAUGAUGCUCAAGUUUGGUCGAAUUGUCGAUAUCGACUCCUUGGCCAUGGUUACUGUUCCCAGAGCAGUUGAAGAAGGCCAGCGAGUGAACCAACAGAAUGAAAUCAACCUGGCCCGAGAGGAACUGGAAAUGGACAAGAAGAUUCUAGCGCUCCGGGAAGAACUCGCCGUUCAUGUCAAGGAGAACACAGAUCGAAUUGCUCAAAUAACAAUGAUGAAAGGCGAAGAUUACAAGCUUAAAUUUGACCUGGACAUUGCUACUUCCGAUACUCGACCACAACAUUUGGACGAGCAGCGAAUUAGGGACGAAGCUUACCGACGUGAAACUCGCGAAAUCAUCCAAGAGCAAGAGAACGAAAUCAACCUGCUCAAGGACGAGAUCAUCCGCCUCACUCGAAAAGGAGGCCACCUCCUUCCACAUCCUUCCUACGCUGCUGAUCAUGCCGGAGAUCAUUAA